UUAUACUUUUAUUCUCUUGUCAAUUUCUGAUGUGCGACACAAUCUGUUUCGUAUAUUGACUUUGUUCUAAUGCCGUGGAGCUCUCCAUUAUCGUAAUAUAAAAGGUACUGGGAUUUACUUUAGAUGUAUUCUCUUCAGCAGUGCAGUGGCCAAAUUGCUUUGAAUAUUAUUCAAUCUAGUAUAAGAUCUUCAAUAAUACAGUUUGUCAUCUUAGACCUGUAUCGUUUCAUCCAGAACAGCAAAUAUAAAUACCGUUUAGCGAUUCUGUGAAGUUGAUUCAGUUGUGUGCAGUUUAGUGUGUGUGAACGUAAUGUGGUCUUUUUUCUCACGCGAUUCGUCUAAAGACUUCCCUUAUGAAAUUGGUGAUCCAGUGCAACAGUUCAACACCAAGAGCAUCUGGAGUCUGUUCCGUGGCAAACGAAAAGGUUCAAACGAUGAGGUGUCGGUCUUUACCUACGAUAUCAAAAAUGGUUCGGAUAUUAAGCUGGAACUAGCUAGGGCCGCACUUAAGCGGCUCAAAACGCUCCGCCAUCCCAGCAUACUGCAAUUUCUGGACAGUCUGGAAUCCGAUAAAGUCUUAUACGUGGCAACCGAACCGGUCGAGCCUCUAGGAACACAUAUCGGCAAUCUAGCUGCUCAAGGACCUCAGCGCGAUUUGUAUUUGGCCUGGGGUAUAUUUCAAAUCACGCGUGCAUUAUCAUUUCUUAAUAAUGAUGGCAACCUGAGACACAACAAUGUAUCGAUAUGGUCGGUAUUUAUCAAUACAUCAGGCGAAUGGAAAUUGGGUGGACUGGAGUACGUAUCCUCGGCUGAAUUACCUGUUGUCCCACCGAUAAAAAUACCACCUUCUUUGGAAAUUUAUGAUCCACCGGAAAAGAAUGACGCUAGCAAAAUAAAAACGGCUACAAAAUGUUCGAGUGACAUGUGGGGUCUCGGUUGUCUGGUGUGGGAAUCCUUCAAUGAACCUUUGAAAACACGAGGACACCUUAAAAAUAUCGAAAGGAUCCCAAAAUCGUUAGCUCCAUUAUAUUGUGAGCUUGUUGGUGCCACACCUGCUAAUCGACCUAAUCCCGCUGAUGUUAUCACCAAAUGUCGCAAACCUGGCGGAUUCUUCAAAAAUGACUUAGUUGAUUCCUUACUUUUUCUGGAAGAAAUUCAAAUCAAAGAUAAGAUUGAGAAGAUGCGAUUUUUUAGCUCCCUCACUGCGCAAAUAGAUAAUUUUCCUGACAAUGUUUGUAGGUACAAAAUUCUUCCGCAACUUAUAACAGCCUACGAGUACGGUGAUGCUGGUUCUGCUGUUUUAGCUCCAAUGUUUAAGUUGGGUCGGCUUUUAGACGAAGGCGAAUAUCAGAAGCGAAUAGUGCCAUGUGUAGUCAAGUUAUUUGCUUCAACUGAUCGUGUAACGCGCUCACGUUUGCUACAGCAACUCGAUUUGUUUAUUUCGCACUUGCAACCAAAUGUAGUGAAUGAUCAAAUCUUUCCUCAAAUUGCACAUGGUUUUCUAGAUACUAAUCCGACUAUCAGGGAACAAACCGUGAAGUCAAUCAUCCAUUUAGCGCCUAAACUUAAUUAUAACAACCUGAAUGUAGAAGUGUUGCGUCAUUUUGCUCGACUUCAGUCGCGAGACGACCAGGGCGGUAUUCGAACAAACACCACUGUUUGUCUUGGUAAAAUCGCACCCCAUCUACAUCCACAAGUGCGGCAACGUGUACUUGUGUCUGCCUUUAUUCGAGCUAUGCGUGAUCCAUUUCCACCGUCGCGAGUAGCAGGAAUAUUAGCUCUCGCAGCUACUCAGCAGUACUUUUUGUUGAAUGAAGUUGCUAUACGUAUACUACCAGCACUUUGCCCACUUACAACAGACCCUGAGAAAUCGGUCCGCGAUCCUGCCUUCAAAACACUCCGUGGAUUUUUGGGCAAGCUGGAAAAAGUAUCAGAAGACCCCAGUCUACGCGAGAGCAUGGAGGCUGAUGUUCAUACAGCGACUCCGUCGCUCGGUAAUGCUGCUGCAACAUGGGCUGGGUGGGCAGUGACAGCAGUUACUGCCAAAUUCUACCGCAGUCAAAGUGACACUGCCCGACCGAAGCCACCACUUACGGGUAAAACCUUGAGUAAGCCUGCUUCUUUGGAACAACCUUCUAGCAGCAGUAUUUCGACCACAACUAGUAGCGUUACCUCCAUGACUUCGCUAGAACACGAGAGCGCUGAUACAUCUGCAUCGGUAAGCGACUAUGGUCCGGACAAUUGGGAUCAGGAAAACUGGGGUGAUAUGGACACGUCUCAGGAUCCAAGUAGUCCAAUGACUGGAACAUCGAAUCAACCAAACUCGAAUCUCAACAUGAUCGGCAGUGUUAGUGAUGUGCGCGAUGGUUGGGACAACGAAGAUUGGGGAAGUCUAGAGGAAGAUCCGAAUGAAACUGAACUAAAUGAAAAAGAUGAAGAUGAGCUUAAUCAGGUGCAGCCAAAGGAUGAAUUUACUACGAAUAACCCGACCGCUAUCUUAACAGAUUUGGUAUUAUCAAUCAACAAUAGUCAUACUGACAGUUCGUAUAAUAUGGGACGAGCCGGUGGUGGAAGUAGCAGUAACAAUAGUACGACGAAUACGAUAAGUUCUUCAUUGACGGAAAACACAGUAAAAGCAGUUACCACCAACAGCAACAGCAGAAGUACAUGCAACAGUACUAAUGCAAAUAACAGUAAUAAUAACAGCAUCAACAACCAAGGGAAUCAUAUCAACAGUCCUAGCAAGAUGAUUGCGCUCAAGAAUAUGAACAACCUGAUCAACAUCAGUAGUAGUAAUAGCAAUCAACUCUCUGAUUGGAAUAACAUAGACGACACGGGAGCUGGAUGGGGCGACGGUGAAUUUGAAACGCUGAACGAGGAAAGUGCAGGAAAUACUAAAAUGGAUGAAGCUCGCCGAAAACGUGAGGAUAAAAAAAUGCAGCGGCAACGUGAAUUGGAAGCAAAACGAGCACAUCGCACUGGUUCUGGCGGAGGCGCGAUGAAGUUGGGUGCCAAAAAAAUUUAAUCAUAUUAUACGAAGGUUGAGGGUAAUGCUCUCUCAAAACGAUUGAUGCAAACAAAUUUUAGAUUCUUCGAGAAUUCCGCAAUAUGGUAGAUUCUCGAAUAUCUUUCGAUUUGCAUCAAUUACAUGGAAAAUCGUCCGAGAGAAUCCAAGCAUAAUAACUGACCUGAACAACCAUAGGUAACUUACAUUGAAUGGAAAUGAAUGAGUUAUGAAGUGAUAAACAUAUGCAAAAAAAAUAGGUCAAUAAACUAACACAGGUGUGCAAUUUGCACAAAUUGCACUUUUCUUGAGAAACAGUAUGGAACCUAGCGAAAUUUUUUUCAAAUUCUCGCAAAAGCCUUUUAGAUGAUUAAAAUAGGAAGAUAUUUAUAAGACCUACAAGUUUACAAUGCGUAUAUAAAUAAAUAAUACACCCGUUUCCAGGUACAUUCGAAUCUCGCGUCGAUUUGCAUCAAAUCACGUGCCGCUUGCUUCGAAUCGCAAGCUGCUUCGAUUGAAUGCGUGCCGCUACGGUUGAAUCGCCUGUUGUUAAUGGGCCCCUUCACGAUUCUAGUCAGCUUUUUAUAUGGAGUUUGACAGUUGGAGGCUUGAAUCAUGUAAACACUCCAUACAAAACCACACCCAAACCUGCGAUUUUCAGGCCAGAUUAUUCUAGCCAAAAAGCUAGAAUUAGAUUCGAAUACCUGCUCGACACAAUGGCGAAACAAGGUCGUGUUUUCAUGUAUCCGAAGGUGUAUUAAAGAGAUCAGGUCUUGGAAUCUAGAAUCAAAGUGUACGUAGAUGACAGACCGGGUGGUCUCUCAAGCAUGUUUUUAUCACCAAAUUUGAACGUUACUUUUUGACAGGACAGGUGAAACCUUUUGCUCAAACAGGCUUUCUGGUAGCUUGACGAAUACACAAAACAUUCAUAAAAUCUUCAUUCAGAAGCUUCUUCUUCUUCUUUGGCUCAACAACCGUUGUCGGUCAAUGCCUGUCUACCAUUUGUGGGGUUGGCUUUCAGUGACUUAUGAAUUACCUCCCAUUGCAUGAUAUUCAGUCCUACGUAUGGCGGCACGUUCCAUUUGGGGAUUGAACCCAUGACGAGUAUGUUGUUACAGAGUUUUCAUAGCCAAUUCGAUAUUGUAAACUAGUUUUCGGUUUUCGUCAAGUGUGUCUUUGGCGUUCAUAAACGUUGUAAACCCUCAAUUGGACGGAGUCAACUCUAUUCUUUAUUGUAAAAUAUGAAACAGUUGUUGUUAAGUUUGAAUCCGGCGUACUCGGUAUUUUUUAGGAUUUUAUUGUUUUGGGGCCAAAAAACUAAAGAGGAACUAACAAUUUUUAAGUUACUUGAAAUGUAUUAAUUAUUAACCAAUGUUGGCGGCAUACAUUAUACAAGCAGGAAAACGAUACAAAUUUGAGAAAAAAAAAUAAAAAUACAGAAAUUUAUUUAUAUUAGCUUAUUUACAAUAUACUUAUAAUUUGAGAUAACUUUUUCGUAUUGAGAUGCAUAAAAAUAAGUAUCUAGAUAAAAAAAUUAAAAUAAUAAAUGUAAACCGUAACCAUAGGAUUAUAACUCACAUAUUUCAUGUAAUUGAAAAAUUAAUUAUAAAACUAUGUUAUUUUACCUAAUAACAGUUAACAUCCAAACAACUCCUUGGAAGUUUUAUGGUGCCAAAACAAUAAUAUUCCAGAAAAAAACUGAGAACACUUCUGUACUGAUUCAAAUUUGACAACGACGUUUCAUAAUUUAUAACAUCAGAAUAGAGUUGACUGCGUCUAAUUGAGGGUUUACGACGCCAAAGUCACACUUGACGAAAACCGAUAACUAGUUUACAAUAUCGAAUUGGCUAUGAAAACACUGUAAGUCGUACGAGUUGGCGACUGUACCACAAUACCAGCUUUCGCAAUCUGUCGAAGCGAUAAAAAUCAAACUUCUAAAUACAUACACCUUGGGAUAAGCCCAUCCGAAAAUCAUAGCCAAUUUGAUAGUUGCUCGAAAAGUGCUAUAAAUACAAACAACUGACAUUUCAGCAUGCGAUCUAGAAACGGAAAGAACCCAAUAUUGAGUUUUUAGCAGCUCGAGAAUGAUAAUGUGCAAAAGCAACGCAAAUUUUGACUCAUUUAAUACGGGUUUAAAACUAAGUUUUAUAGCAUAAAUUCCUUUAAUGUGCAAAAAUUUUAACGAAGCUUAGAACCUCACGAAGAUAUCUUGGUAUACAGAACAAUUAGAUAGCUAGAUUUCCAAAAGGCAUCUAAGGCCGCAUGGCCAUGUGGUUUCUCAACGCUCUUUUUCAUAGGCAUUCAUUGUGAAUUUCUCAAAGAUUGUGAAUCGACACAAAAUCGUUUUGAUGAUCUCUGAAAAAGUUGACGAUGCAUCGAUGGGCUAUUUGAAAUAUGAGCACAUAUGCUUUUCUUUUGUCGGUAAAAUACCUUCAAUAUUAAAAAAAAAAUUGUCGGACGUCAAAAAAAUACCUUCAAUAUUUGCAAUUGGAAAACGAUUAAAAAAUAAGCGAUCUAACAAAUAAAAACUUAUUUUCUUUGAAAGCUCCAAAUAAAGCUUGAGUGACAAUAUCAGUUUCACAGAGUGAGAAAAAUUGACGCCGGCCAGAAACAUAAAUUAGUAAUUUAGAAUAUUUCCCAGCAUGAAAAAGCUCCAUGGCCCGGCGGCUUAACUGUCAACAAUUCGAUGGUAGCGGCACCCGAUUCAGCCGUAUUCAGCGGCAUUCCACAUGUGAGGUCCAAAACAGCCGAAGUCAUACAAAGUCAUGAAAAAGUCUGCGCCCUUGUGUUCCGGCGUCCACCCGACGUUUAUCGAGCCCAACCGAAUAUUUGUGUUCGUUACACAUGUGUACGUAUCAGGUAGCAGCAGUUGUACUGCUGACCUGAUAUAUGCCGCAGUGAUACCGAGCGGGACGCAUAGACAACGCAUCUCGAGAACAUGGGUAGCCGUGAGGAAACUUUUCUGUGUCUCUUUUGCCUCGUCCUUGCCUUGAGAUCCUGAUGAGUGAUGCAUGCAUACCUUUCGGGUACGUUCGUGGUAUAAGCCUAUCCCUCUUACUUUAAUGGUGAAGAUAGAAUCGUAUGCUAUCGGCUCUGCAUUCGGGCAUGGGCAGGCUAUCAGCCCGUGUUCGAUCGUAGUGGCAUACGAUUCGAAGGAAGCGGCACGCGAUGCAAGCGGAACGAGAUUCAAUCGUAGCUGGAAAAGGGUUCGUGUAUCGUGAAUCCUCAUACAACGAGCUCAUUUCGGUCCUGCGUUUCACUCAUGAUACGAAAAAAAUCGUAAGAGGAUAAUUAUUUUCCAUUCGGUAAACAAUAAAUACCUAAUUUUUACAUUUCAAAAAUGAUUUACGAGCUCAUUGAUACUGUCGGAAAGUUCCAGCUUUAGCAUGCUAUACUGAACCUUAGAUGAAAUUCACCGAAUUAGCUAUUGUCUAUUAAACUGAUACUGAUUUCAAUUUUAA